CGGCCUCGGCCGCUGUCCGGGGCCCGGCGGAGCGCGGGGGGAUCGGGCUGAGGCGGCCCUGGCCCCGGCCCCGAGCGGUCUGAGACGACGCCAGAAUCCAGAUAAAGUGAGAUGCUGCCUUAAGUCUCAAGCCCAGUGCUUCAUCGAAUGAUCAUCGGGUAUUUCUGCAGGAAAAGCAGAUCCUCAGGUUUGCAGCAAUGUUCGGCACAUCCCAGUCUGCCCGAGCCCAGUUCCUGGACAAAGCUCGUCAGGCGAGGGAAGAGAGGCGGGGACAGAAGGAGAAGGAGCGGGCUGCCGUGCAGAUACAGGCCGUGGCCCGCGGGUUUCUCUGUCGAUGUCGCUUACAGAGAGACAUCAGGAAAGAGAUCGAUGAGUUUUUUGACACCAUUGACCCAACUGGAGCCAAUAAAAGAAGUGCACUUUCUCUUUUUAAGAUUGCCCGGAAGCUGUUGUUCAUAUUCAGAGCUAGAGAGGAUGAGCUGAGGUUCGGAAUGCUGUGCCGCUGCAUCCUAAGUAGCAUGGAGCCUGAGAAUGAACCUAAGGUGUGGUAUGUGUCCCUGGCCCUGUCCAAAGAGCUCACUGUGCUCUGGAUCAAGCAAAUUAAGGACAUCCUGUGGAUCUGCUGCAAAUAUCUGAAGUACCUCAAGCCUGACAUCUUACAAGACUCUAAACUGAUCUCACUGUACCUCACCCUACUUGUUAACUUCACAGACACAUCAACAUGGAAAAUUGUCCGAGGAAAAGGAGAGUCCCUUCGGCCUACCAUGAACCAUCUCUGUGCAAAUAUCAUGGGGCACCUCAAUCAGAAUGGAUUGUAUCCUGUUCUACAGAUCCUGUUAAGAAAUGGCCUGGCGAGAUCCAGACCGUCCCUGACAAGAGGCAUGUUGGCUGCAUCCUUUACUUUGGCUUCACGCCCCGUGAUUGCUGCUCAUUUUUCGGACAAUCUCUUACGACCGUUCCUCAUCCAUAUUAUGUCAGUGCCUGCCUUUGUGGCGCAUCUCAGCAUGCUUGCCCCCAAGCGCCUCGUUGUGCUAGAAUAUCACGACUUUCUUCGCAAAUUCAUUCUGUUUCUGAGUCGCAGGGAUCAAUGCGUGGACGUCUGUGAGUGCUUGGAAGGGAGCCACACUCUCUGUUUGCUGGGCAACAUCAUACACUUGGGUUAUCUUUCAAGCAGAGUGUUAGAGGAGGAGACGAAGCAUUUUGUGAAAGUGCUCAUUGAAAUGCUGUCCUACUGCCAGCAGUAUGUGUCCCUGAAGAGGUCAAACCUGACACACUGGCACCCUGUCCUUGGGUGGUUCUCCCAGUCAGUGGACUAUGGUCUGAAUGAGUCCAUGCCUUUGCUCACCAAGCAGCUGCAGUACCUGUGGGGGGUGAGGGUCAUCCGCAUUCUCUUCCGAGACAUCCUGAGCAAGAAGCUGCUGGAGAAUCCCGAGGCCAGCCACGUGGUGGCCACGCCGUCCACGUCCCCACCCAACAGCCUGCCCGUGAAGAGCCUCUUCAAGCGUGCGUUCCAGAAGUCCUCGUCGGUUCGGAACAUCCUGAAGCCCAUCGGCGGAAAGCGUGUGGACUCACCAGAAGUACAGAAGGUCUGCAACGUCUGUGUGCUCUACCAGACCGCGCUGACCACUCUCACCCAGAUCCGACUGCAGAUCCUCACAGGCCUCACUUACCUAGAUGAGCUCCUGCCCAAAUUGUGGGCAUUCAUCUGUGAGCUGGGCCCUCAAGGGGGCCUGAAGCUCUUCCUGGAGUGUCUCAACAGUGACAACGAAGACUCCAAGCGGCUGCUGGCCAUGCUGACGUUAUUCUGCGACUGUUCGCGGCACCUCAUCACAAUUCUCGACGACAUCGAGGUGUAUGAAGAACAAAUCUCCUUCAAGGUUGAAGAGCUGGUCACCAUCUCCUCUUUCCUGAACACCUUCAUCUUCAAGAUGCUCUGGGAUGGGCUUCUGGACAACGCCAAGCCAGAGACCCUGGAGUUGUUCUUUUCAGUUCACGGAUGGCUGAUGGUGCUGUAUGAAAGAGAUUGCCGCCGGCGCUUUGCCCCCGAUGAUCACUGGCUGCGGAAGGAUCUCAAACUCAGUGUGCUUUUCCAGGAACUGGAGAAGGACAGGAAGCGUGCCCACCUGAUCCUGCAAUUCAUCCCUCAUGUCAUUCCCCACAAAAAUAGAGUGCUUCUCUUCCGAAACAUGGUGAUCAAGGAGAAGGAAAAGCUCGGGCUCGUUGAGACCAGCUCGGCGUCGCCUCACGUCACGCACAUCACCAUCCGAAGGUCCCGGAUGCUGGAGGAUGGCUAUGAACAGCUGCGGCAGCUCUCGCAGAAUGCCAUGAAGGGUGUGAUCCGUGUGAAGUUUGUCAAUGACCUGGGGGUGGACGAGGCCGGCAUUGACCAAGACGGAGUGUUCAAAGAGUUCUUAGAAGAAAUCAUCAAGAGGGUGUUUGACCCAGCGCUAAAUCUGUUCAAGACGACCAGUGGCGAUGAGAGACUCUACCCUUCGCCCACGUCCUACAUCCACGAGAACUACCUACAGCUCUUUGAGUUUGUGGGGAAAAUGCUGGGCAAGGCCGUGUAUGAGGGGAUCGUGGUAGAUGUGCCUUUUGCUUCCUUCUUCCUAAGCCAGCUGCUUGGACAUCAUCAUAGUAUCUUCUACAGCUCGGUGGAUGAGCUGCCUUCCUUGGACGCGGAGUUCUAUAAAAACCUCACUUCUAUUAAGCGCUACGAUGGAGACAUUAGUGACCUGGGCUUAACGCUGUCCUACGAUGAAGAUGUGAUGGGCCAGCUUGUUUGCCACGAACUGAUUCCUGGAGGGAAGACCAUUCCUGUGACAAAUGAAAAUAAAAUUAGCUAUAUUCACCUGAUGGCCCAUUUCCGGAUGCAUACUCAGAUCAAAAAUCAGACAGCUGCUCUCAUCAGCGGAUUCCGCUCUAUUAUCAAAUCUGAGUGGAUUCGAAUGUUUUCGACCCCUGAGCUGCAGCGCCUGAUCUCUGGUGACAACGCAGAGAUUGACCUCGAAGACUUGAAGAAACACACUGUGUACUAUGGCGGCUUUCACGGCAGUCAUCGAGUCAUCAUUUGGCUUUGGGACAUUCUGGCCAAUGACUUUACCCCAGAUGAGAGAGCCAUGUUUCUGAAGUUUGUGACCAGCUGUUCCAGGCCCCCACUUUUAGGAUUUGCCUACCUCAAGCCUCCUUUCUCCAUCCGCUGCGUCGAGGUAUCGGAUGACCAGGACACGGGGGACACUCUGGGCAGUGUGCUCAGGGGCUUCUUCACCAUCCGCAAGAAGGAGCCGGGGGGCCGCCUGCCCACCUCCUCGACCUGCUUCAACCUGCUCAAGCUGCCCAAUUACAGUAAGAAGAGCAUCCUCCGGGAGAAGCUGCGUUAUGCCAUCAGCAUGAACACUGGCUUUGAGCUCUCCUAACCCUCUCCGUCUUCCCCUCCCCUCUCCCCAGCCUAGGCGGGCAGCCACUUGCCCUCUGCCUUCCCAGAUGCUUGUGCACGGCCCGACUCAGGGAGGGACCUUGGGGGCGCCUGGGGCAGGAGCACGUGAAUGGCCACGGGUCUCAAGAAGGCUGCCAGUGAUCACUUACAAAUCAACGCUGUCCGUGUUAUUGAAAAGGCAGGCCUCGAAACGAAGAGACCUUGGGGUUUGCCCGGUGUGGGCUUGAAGCCUGGUGUGGGCUUGAAGCCUGGCGUAGACUUGGACCCGUUCUCCCCUGCCCUGAGGCCUGAGCCUUGUGUCUGGACACGCUUCGCUUCUGUCCUGUUUUGUUUUGUUUAAUUGUCUGGAAGCCCUUCUGAGUGAGGUGGUGCAGUUAACGCCCCAGCUCCGAAGGUCAGGAGUAGGACCUGAGCGGCCCAGGAGUCCAGCCCUCCAAGCCUCUGCAUUAGAGCUACUUCCCUUCACUCAGGUCAGGCUUUGCAGCCGUGACGUCCUAAGCCAUCACGCACCGAGCAAAGACCCUCCACCCCCACCAGACUCAGACAGCCACUUGGGGGCUCUGCCUGUAACCAAGGCAGUUUUCUGGUGGGGAGCAUCUCAGGCAGCCCCAGAGAGCAUCAGCCACCACACUAAGGAGCCCGUCACUGCUUCUUCCUGGGAGUCGAGCAACGUGUGGACUGUUCUGCCUGAUGUGAUUGGGAGAGUUCCAGAGACUGCUCUGGGUUGCUGCUCAGAUCCGGCCAGAAGGGCCUGUUCUCCUGUGUCUGGGAAGGCCAAGCUCUGUACGAUCCAGCUAAGUGAUUAGCUCUGAAAAGUCCCUCUCUCACUCUAUUAAAAGCAAGUACUCAAGCCUGAUGCCUUUUUACAGAAAUGCCACCAGAGUUUAGAUUCCUCCCCAGGGUCCCCAUCUCUUCCCAUGCAGCACUUCUUUUACCAGGUGAACGCUGGCACCCCCUCCGCAGAUGGAGCUGCCGUCCCUCCGUGUGGCUUUGUUCUCCGUCCCUUCUGGCAUCCCCAGACGCGCAGAGGAGCGGCUGCCCUUGAGGACUAGCUCCUGCCCGAAGGCUGCUCAUCUUUCCCAGCUGUUCUGGAAUGAGAAACUCACCCACUUAGCCAGGAGCCACAGCCCAGCCCAAUCUGUCAGCCUCCACACCUCCACCUUUGUGUUGUCAGAUGAAGCUUAGUUAAAUUAAAUUAAAAAUUCAGUGUCCCUCUGUCAGUGAGGAGCAUAGGACACUCCAUGUCCAGUGGGUGUGGGUGUCUGGAUUCCCUCUUGCAUGGUGGCCUCAACAUGUCGAGUCUGUCCUCUCUACCGCCAUCGUGAGAAUGCUUUUCUUCAUGUGUAGCUGGGAGCAUCUGGAAUCUGGGCCGGUCCAAGGUCAGUGGCCAGCAGAAGGCCACGCUCCCUCUCUUUUGAGCUGCCCAGGGUAUGUCGGCUCCCCACCCGUCACAGUUAGCAACGUCCUGGCUCGUGCGGUGUCUGAGCAGGCCCGGCUGCAGAGCUGGGCCAGGCAGGAGCUGUUCACACAAGCAGUGAGGUGGUAGGGCCUCCUGAACAGGAAGGUGGUCGGGGAGUGGGGGUUGGAGAAGGAGCCUUGGUCACCCAACAGGUGCAAGCCUGUGCAGACAGGUUCGUUUUGGGGACAGUGUCAUGAACAAGCAAAUUUAAAAGCCACAGAUUUCCCCCCCUAAAUUUCCUGACAUUUGUUGAUUUUCUGAUCCUAACAAGUGAAAAGAUCUCCUCAUUUCAGCCUAUGAUACCAUCACCUUUUAAUUCUGAUAAAGACCACUCCAAGAACAGGCAUGCAUGGGCAUGGGGACGCGUGGUUUAAAAAAAAUCAACUUGGUUUUAGGACGGGAAGAUGGAGCUUGGCUGCCAUCUUGAUUUUCAUUUCCAGUGAAUGGGAAUGGGAAGAGUGGGUUGGGAGUGGCAGGCAGGUCAGGGAGGCAGAGGGUUCCAUGUAACUGUAUAAAACUUUUAACAUUUUAAGUAUUGCACUAUCAAAAACGCUGAAUCUAUCUUUUUUUUUUUAGCUGAUGUACAAACCAUGAUUCUUGAAUAUUAGCACUCUGAUGACUACAAAAAGUUUUUUUUUUCAUAACUAACUUAUGUAUUAAGAUGUGAUCAAAGGCUUUAUUAAAUUUUUACUUCAUUG